AUGAUACGAGUACAUCACUUCCUAAAGAAAGGUAUUGGGGAAGAAAUGAUCACAGCGAUUGGGAAGCCUAUUUUCCUGAUGACAGAUGAGGAUAGACGCUUCCCAAGUGGCCGGCCGUGCGUGGGACAGGGCCUGUGGUGGCGACUCCUGUGGGGGGAGGGCCGGCUGGCGUUCCGCACCGAGGCCUGGGCUGUGCGUGUUCUGCUGUCUGCUGUCCGCCGUCUCCUUGGACAUGUUGUGACUGGCAAAUGCUGUUUAGUGAGCUGUCAAGGGCAAAAACUGAAGCUUUACAAAGUAAAAUUUAUGGGCAUUACCCCGUGGGUCAAGGGCUUACCUCCAAAUAUAGGAGUGAUCUUCCCGGACACUUAUGGUCAUUCUUUGGAAGUCCCAGUCACCCGGGAGCAGUUAAACCGCUAUUGGGAUGUGGCUGAAAAUGUUCAGAGCGAACUUGCAGCCACUUUGGUCAAGUUUGAAUGCGCUCAGUCUGAGCUUCGAGACCUCCGUUCUAAGAUGCUUUCUAAAGAAGUUUGCUGUCAAGAACUAAAGGCUGAGAUGGAGAGCUACAAAGAAAGCAAUGCCAGGAAAUCAUCUCUUGUCACCUCGUUGAGAGACAGAGUUCAUGAGCUGGAGGAAGAGUUAGCAGCACUUUCCACUUCUAAAAGCAGGAUAGAAAUCACAGCUCAGACUGCGACCAAGGAGAGCAAGAGACUAAUGAAGAAAGUCACAGAACUGGGGGAGCAAUUACAGAAGUGUUCAAUGGAAAAAGAUGAGACUAAGAAAGAAGCCUCAGAGAACUUCAGGAGACACGAGGAAUUUCUAACUCAACUUGGUGAUUGCUUGGAUCCCGAGAGGACGCGCGAGGAGACACUGAAAGAUUUCAUUUCCAAGGUUAGAAAGCUGUGCGAGGAAAAUGCAUCUCUGAGAGGACAAGUGGUUACUCUUGAAGAGGCAGUAAAUGCCCAUGAGAUGGAAGCAAAAGCUAACAGAGAGACGAUCAUGAGGCUGAGCAGGCAUGUAGGGCGUGAGGGGCAGAAGAAGAGUUUGAGUGGGCAGAAGAAGAGUUUGAAACUAUCAAAGGACUUGCUUGGUGCUAUGGAGGCCAAAGAGGCUCUUGGAGAAGAAGUAAAGAUCCUCCAAGAGAGGCUGCUUACUGGCCAGCGGGCCUGGGCCACCUCAAAGCAGGAAGUGAGCCUCCUGAAGACAAGCACCCAGGAGCUGGAGACGAGCUUGCAGGCCAGCCGGGAGGCAGCCAUGGCCUUGCAAAGUCAGAAUGCCACUUUUAGGCAGCAGAUCGCAGCCCUCCUUCCCUGCACGUUGGAGAAGAGCGGGUCCACAGAGGAUGCCAUUUUGGAGAGGAUUCGAGAACUGGGUGACCAGGAGGAGAGCAGGGAGAGGAUGGUCUCCCAGCUUGAAGCCCAAAUAGCCGAGCUUACUGAACAGUUGGGAAAGGAGUCUGAGUUUCACCGGGAAGCACUGCAGAGGGCCCACGCGGCAGAAAACAAGUCGGAGACUCUUCAGAGUCAGCUGACACACCUCGAGGGAGAGCUGGUUUCAGGAGAUGUUUUGCGAGACAACUUGAAUGCCGAGAAAGAAAAAUGUCUUAAAUUUCUGGAUCAGCUUUCAGAGAAAAUGAACUUGAGCCAGGUGGCCGCUGAGCUUGGCUUCGACAUGCAGCUGGGUGUGAUCUUAGCUCGCACAGAGCAGCUGGCCCGCCUUGAGAGCCUCGCCAUCACCGAAAACAAGACUAUCGCCCACAAUUUACAGAGAAAGCUCAAGACUCAGAAAGAAAGAUUGGAAAGCAAAGAAUUGCAUUUGAGCCUCCUCCGGCGGAAAAUAGCCCAGCUGGAGGAGGAGAGGCACGUGCAAAAGGCCUUGACUGUGGAGAGAGACGAGGCCCAUCUUACCAUCAGGAAGCUGGAGAAGAAGGUGGAGAGGAUGCAGAAGGAGCUGAGCAUGUGUCGGGAGUCUAACACGGAGCUUAAGGCCAAACUAGCUGACACCAAUGAACUUAAGAUUAAAACUCUGGAGCAGACCAAAGCCAUUGAAGACUUAAAUAAAUCCAGAGACAGGCUGGAGAAGGUGAAGGAGAAGGUAGAGAAGCAGUUGACAUCGGUCAAGUCAGAGCUGGGUUCUCUGGAACACGAGGCCAGGGAAAACAAGGAAAGGUCGAGAACCAUGAUACAAGUGGUAACCAGUGAAGUGAAGACCCUCAAACAGUCUUUGGAAGAAGCGAUGAAGAGGGAAAAGCAGCUGGUGGACUUCAGGGAGAUAGUGUCUCAGAUGCUGGGCUUGAACAUGACCACUCUUGCUCUUCCUGAUUAUGAGAUCAUCAAGUGUCUUGAAAGACUGAUCCAUUUACACCAGCACCAUUUUGUGACCUGUGCCUGCGUCAGUAACCUCACAACAGGGCAAGAUAGGCACCUGGGAGACCAUUUAAAAUUUCUUCACUGAACACUGAUCUCUGUAGAGGGAGGUGGAGCUGAGAUGGCACACAGAGUUCCAUGUCACACAGUCUUUAUAGAAAUGGGAUCAUAUUCUUCGAUAACUUAGCAUGGCUGCACCAUGGGCAGAAAAGGAUCUCAGAGGUUCCAGCCCCACACACAUGUUCAGUUCCAAAAGCACCUGUUGCUUCAUUUGCUAGCGCUCUGAGAUGGAAGAAUCCCUCCAGACUGCAUCCUUGAGUGGGGAGUACGAGUGGACAGUUCCCAGUGAUGACAUAGCUUU